AUGAAUUCUGAAGUAACUAUUAACGAACUAACUCGAGCAUUGAAUAAUUUAUUAUUAGAAACCACUACUGACUCUAACCCGACAAAUUCAAGUAGUACAGUAAAUAAUCAAAUAGAUAUGGCGGUACAACCUUUGAAAUGGGAAUAUUCAAAUUGUAUUCCUGAUUUUGACGGAAAUCCAAAUGACUUGAAUAGAUUUAUUUCUGUUAGCGAAUCACUCAUAAGCAAUUUCAUUGAUAGAACUAAUCCUAAUAAUUACCAAAAUGUUUAUUUGUUGAAUUCGAUAAUAGCAAAAAUAAAGGGUAAAGCUAAGACAGUAAUUAAUAUCCAAACAUGUAAUACUUGGAACGAAUUGAAAGAUGUCUUGAUGAGAAAUUUCUCGGAUCAGCGAGAUGAAGUAUGUUUCAAUAGAGAUCUUGUAAUGCUAAGACAAAGUUCUAAUGAAAGCCCACAAUCAUUUUACGAUAAGUGUUUACACAUUUUGAACUUACUUUGCAGUUAUGUAAACUUACACGAAUCUACAGAAGAAGGUAAACAUUUAAAACGACAAAUAUACCAAAAUUUAACCUUGAAAACUUUUCUUUCUGGACUAAAAGAACCUAUCGGGACUACAAUACGUUGUAUGAAACCAACCUCGUUAAGCGAAGCAAUGCAAUUCGUUUUACAAGAGGAAAACGUGCACUAUUUACAAAAUCCAUCGAGAAAUAAUCAUAGAACACAACCUUUUAAAAAUAACUCGAGACCAAAUCGAAAUUUUCAUUCGCUCAGUUCCAGUUCACAAACAUUCAAUUCUCAAACUCCGAAUAAUUUGUGCGCAAGACAGCACAACUUUCCUUCACAACCAAUCCCAAUAAAUCCAAGAACUACAUAUCAAAAUUUUCCUAGAGCGUCGCAAGUUUUCAACAGGCCCAAUCAAAAUGUAAACGUCUUCAGGCCAAAUCCGAACGCAAACUUUCAUAAGCCAAUACCCAUGUCCAUUAGCACACGAGCUACCGCUUCAAAUACUCAAAAUCAACCAAUAUAUAAAAGGCCGCCGCCAUCUACAAACAAUUUUAGACAAUCUAAAAAGCCGAACUAUACUUCUGAAGAAUUAUAUAACGUCGAUAUUCAAGAAAACUAUGAUCCCGAAAAUAGGGAAUAUUUGAAUAAUAAUUAUGAUGAUUCUGAUCAUACUACUGAUCAACUUAACCUAAAUAAUUCUAAUUCUAAUAAUGACGACGAUAGAGUAGAUAGAAACGAAAAUUUUCGAUUAGACAAUUUAAAGAUAUUACAAGCAAAACUAAAUUUCCAAGAAGGAUUUCUUAUCAUUCCUUCUAGUAAAAUAAAACUACAUUAUCACGAAGUUAACGUUGACCUUAAUCUUGUAACUGUAUCCCCUAGAACACAACAAGUUGUUAAAAUAAAAACAAGUGUCACUCAUGGAGAUAUUAUUGUACCUUAUCCAAAUGUUUAUAACUGUGAAAUUCCACAAUGUCUUACUACUGCAAGAAAUGGAUAUGCUCUAACAACAAUAUUAAAUAAAUCUGACAGUACCGUAUCAUUAGAUUUUUCAGAACCAUUUCAAGUAGAAAGCUUUGACGAAAACGAAUUACAAAACGUUGACCUAAAUAAUAUUGACUCACACAAUACACUAUUAGACCUUAACAAAAUUAGAACGGAUCACAUGAACAAAGAAGAGAAAAAAAAAAUACUAAAACUUUGUCAAGAAUAUAGCGAUAUAUUUUACAAAGAGGGCGAACCACUAUCGUUUACAAAUAAAAUUAAUCAUAACAUACGAACAACAGACGAAAUACCUAUAUAUUCAAAAACUUAUCAGUACCCUUUCAUACAUAAGCAAGAAGUUGCUAAUUAA